AUGGUCAGGACUGGGGCGGCGGGGAGGCGCGAGCCCAGGGCGCCCCGACCGGCACAGGUGUCGGGGGUCUGGUACUCGGUCUCCAUGGCCUCCGACGACGUGGCGAGGAUCGGCAGGGACGGGGACCUGCGGCUCUACAUCCGGGACAUCCAGAACCUGGACACCGGGGGCCUGAAGUUCCGCUUCUUCUUCCCGGUGCGGGGGGACUGCGAGGAAGUGGACAUCGUCUGCGAGAAAACGGACAAGAACGGGGAGUACACGCUGGCCUACGCGGGGAGGAACAGGGUGCUGGUGGCGGAGACCGACUACCACCUGUACGUCACCUUCUACCUGCAGAACACCCGGAACGGCACGGUCACACAAGUGCUGGCCCUCUACGGUACCUGCCGCCGGCACGGGCUCGGGCGCCAGAACAUCGUCACCUUCAGCGGGGCACGUAGUCACCUGUGCCAGGAGGUAGACGCCAGCCGGCCGCAGAUCGCCACGGCCAUCGCCUCCAGCAACUUCAACCUGGCGCCUCAGACCCCCCGCAGGGGCAUCAGGCCCAGGCAGCCGCAGGGCGCCUCCGGCGCUGCGCCCCAGACCAGCUACCCAAGGGAGGUGCCCGGGCGCACCUGCCACGCCGCCGGGGCUCAGUCCUGGGGGGCAGCCCCCUCCAGGACCUGCGGCAUCCAGCACCUGGAGCGCGCCGGCGAGAACCUGUCCCUGCUCACGAGCUUCUACUUCUGCAUCGUCACCUUCUCCACCGUGGGCUACGGCGACGUGACGCCCAAGAUCUGGCCGUCGCAGCUGCUGGUGGUCGUCAUGAUCUGCGUGGCCCUCGUGGUGCUGCCUCUGCAGUGGAGCGGCCCGGCCUCCGCCGACGUGCUGCCGGGAGGUGUCCAGAGGCCCCGGGAUGCCCUGCCCGGCCCUUGCGGGCCGUCCUCGCCCAGCGAUGCCUGGUGA